GGCAGUCUGUUAUAUAUUUUGUAAAUCGUAAUAAAAAUUAUAUAAUAAGAAACUUAAACUUACUGAAUAUUUUAACAAAAUCUUUGGUGCCGCUUCGCACAUUUACAUGCCAUGACAACCCUAGAGAGAGAGAGAGACGUUCUGCAUAAUCCUGCACUAGAACAAAACUGGGCUAUGAACUAUAUACAAAAUAACCGCAACGGGCUCAUUAUUAGUGAAUCCUGGCCUGAAUACAAGCCACUUCAACUGGCAAUAAACGUUUAUUUGCAGAAACCGCUAAGUUUUAUAAAUGACGUACUCGAUACUUGAUUUUUGAGGAAAUUCGAUUUUUCAUUUAUAAUCGAUUUGCAGAAGUCGACUAAUCGAUUAGUCCAAAAUCGACUUUUAGAUCCCUAAUACAUAAAGACGCCACCAGAGAAAGGCAAAAUUAUUAAAUUAUUUUAUUUAAUUAAUUUAGACAUUUAAAAUAUUAAAAAUGUCUCUGCAAACAUAUGGUGAUAAGCCCGUUGCCUUCCAAUUGGAAGAAGGAGGAGAGUAUUAUUAUGUUGGCUCAGAGGUUGGGAACUAUUUGAGACUAUUUCGUGGCAUUCUCUAUAAAAAAUAUCCGGGCAUGACAAGGAUUGUAUUAUCAAACGAGGAACGAAAAAGAUUAGCUGACUCUGGCCUAAGUCCACACAUUCUGGCAAGCUCGGUUUCCUUGCUAAGAGCAUGUGAGGUUGAUGAUAUCAUGUCCGGUAAUGAUGAGAAAUAUCGUGCUAUAUCAGUAAAUACAUCAGAUGCCCCCUUGCCGCGAGAAAGCAAAUCGAAAAAACAACCACAAUAUGUACCCACUAUGCCCAAUUCAAGUCAUUUGGAUGCAGUACCGCAGGCGACCCCAAUAAACAGAAACCGAGUACACACAAAGAAAAUUCGUACAUUCCCCAUGUGUUUUGACGAUACCGAUCCAACGGCAAAUCUAGAAAAUGCCGCCCAAAAAGAGUGUUUGGUUCCCAUACGGCUUGAUAUGGAGCUGGAGGGGCAAAAGUUACGAGACACUUUUACAUGGAAUAAGAACGAGAGUAUGAUUACCCCCGAGCAAUUUGCCGAAGUUCUUUGCGACGACUUGGAUUUGAAUCCCAUACCUUUUGUUCCUGCAAUUUCGCAGGCCAUUCGUCAACAAAUCGAAGCCUUUCCCAGUGAACCACCCAUUAUUGAGGAAAGUUGUGAUCAAAGGGUUAUUGUGAAAUUGAAUAUACAUGUGGGAAACACCUCUCUCGUCGAUCAAGUAGAAUGGGACAUGUCCGAGAAGAACAAUAACCCAGAAGAAUUUGCCAUCAAACUUUGCGCUGAGUUAGGUUUGGGUGGAGAAUUUGUGACGGCUAUAGCCUACAGCAUUCGGGGUCAGCUGUCUUGGCACUGUCGCACAUAUGCCUUCAGCGAAGCUCCCUUAUCUACAAUUGAUGUACCAUUCCGUAAUCCCAGUGAUGCAGAUGCUUGGGCACCAUUUUUGGAAACUCUAACAGAUGCUGAAAUGGAAAAGAAAAUACGCGAUCAGGAUAGAAAUACCAGACGUAUGCGACGAUUGGCAAAUACAACAACGGGAUGGUAAAAAUUUGAAAGAAACAACUCCUAACUUAAGGCAAUUUUAUAAGAUAUCAAAAUAGAUGUAAAUUAAUCUUCUGGAAAUUUCAUGAAGUAAAGAAAAAAAAUACAAUUUUGAGACAUAAAACAAA